AUGGAUGUCUUCGACGAAGGAAUUUGUGAUGAUAUUUUGCCCGAGGACUGGGCUAAAGUAGAGCGAUCCAGAAAGACAGAUGGCUACAAAGAGGGCAUAGCAGCUGGGCAGGAAUCGUGUCUUCAGCAAGGUUUUAAUUCAGGCUUUUCACAAGGUACGAGAGCAAGUUUCAGCUACAGUUUCAUCAAAGGAAUCAUCAAUGCCUUGAUUACCAGCCUUCAUUCCAGAGAACAAGAUUUAGAUGAUGAUGCUGUAACCCCGGCAACCAUUCAAGAUCUGGAGGCUAUCAUGUCCGAGUUAGAUUCUCUUCAGCUGGAGAAGGGCUCUACAAAGAGACGCUGUAUAAGCAGUGGAGAUACGAGCGAUGCUCGAGAGAAGAAAGAGGAAUGUCAGAAAGGAGGGAAAACAACUUGCUGUGUAGACUCAGGAAACAGUCAUAAUGACCCGUCAUCUACAAGUUCAGCAUUUCCUUGUCAUCAGAAGAGAGACGAAGUGGCUAGUGGCGAGUCUACUCAGAAAAAUGCUUCAGGAGGCAUCGAUGAAGAACAUUUGUUUUAUUCACAGUCACACAAUCCAGGACUCAAGAAGAUUGUAGAAAGACUAAAACCACAUCUUGAACAAACUCACCAUCAAGAUAUCCUCAGCGUAUCUCAUCAAUUCCUUUAGCCUUUCCUGAUUCAAGUAUGAUAUGGAGAUUCUUCUUUCGUAUGAGGUAGUAGCAUCAUAUAUAUCAAGUUAUUUCUUGAAGCUGGGUAAGCCAGUUGACUUGUGCUGUAAGUACUGUAAGUACUGAUAUUAUUCUUGUUGAGUCAGCAGCAGCAAAAUCAAAAGAGAUUAUACCACUGACUUAAUCAUCAUUUAGAUUGUAGAAAGACUAAAACCACAUCUUGUAAAAACUCAAUGUGCAUUUAUCAAUGAUUUCUUAAGCCCUUCUUGAUCAAGUAUGAUAUCAAGGGGAUAGUCUUGCUGUAAGUACUGAUAUUGUUUUUGUUGAGCCAGCAACAAAAUCAAGAGAGACUGUACCACUGACUCAAUCCACAUUUAUAGAGUAAAAAGAUUAUAACCAACAUCUUGUACAAACUCACUCUCAAGAUAUUUAAAACGUAUCUCAUCAAUUCCUUUAGCCUUUCCUGAUUGAGUAUGAUAUGAAGGAGAUAGUCUUGCUGUAAGUACUGAUAUUGUUUUUGUUGAGUCAGCAGCAAAAUCAAGAGAGACUACUGUUUCAUGUCGUUGUCUGAUUCUGUAGACAUGUCAAUUCUAUUCAAUUCAAAUUUAUUUCACAUCCCUUUAAAAACAUAUCAGAAGAUAUUCAAACAAAUCAGUAUAAAUUAAACAAUAAAGUAUAACAACAUUUAUGGACAUGGCAUUUUGAAAGAAGGAUGAAGGGUGGUGGAUGUGAGGGAUCAACAAAGGCCAUUGGCCUGUCAAGGCUAAUCCCCUAUAUUACCACACUUUAAGAGAAAUACAUAUAAAACAAAACAAUCAAACAAACAGAUAAUAUAACAUAGCAUAAUCACAUAAAAAACAACAUAACUAAUUACAUUAAUCACAUAAAAGGCAAUUAGAUCGAAUGAAACUACUCAUUGUUAAGAAGAUAAAAUUCAUAUUUUUUCUGAAUGCAAGAACAGUUGAGAUUUCUUUGAGUUCAUCUGUUAAACCAUUCCAAAACUGUAGGCCUUAAAAACUUAUCGUGGUUCUUGAAAAGUUGAAAUGAUAAAAAGGUACCUACAUUUUAUUGCAAUUUCUUGUUUUAUACUUAUUGAUGUUGCUAUUAUAAUUAAAAUAGUCAUCAAAGUUAUUGGGU